AUUUAAUAUAAAAGUUAUCUCGGAUGCCUUCAGUUUCAAGAAGGAUGAGGGGGAAAAAAAAGAGAGAAAAAGAAAGCGGGAAAGAAUAGGAAAAGAUAGAGGAGAAAUAGAUGAAGGAAGGGGUUUGUGGGGAUUAAGGAGAAGUGUAUAAUUGAGCAUUUGGAUUCAUGGUAUCUUCUUCUUUCCCUUCUUUCUUUAAUGAAGGCUUUAAUUACACAGAUAUUUAUAUUGCUUAUAAUACAAUGGCUUAGUAUUGCCGUUAUCAUUUUAAAUGCUUUGUCAAGUCAUACAUCUUGGAAGGAAUUGAUUAUGGGUGCUUCAUCUUUAUUUGCCGCAUCCCUAUUGCUAUUAAUCAGUAUCCAUCAAUUCUUUAAUGGAUUUCGACACAACAAGUCUCUGCUACCAUCAAAGACCAUCUUAGGCUUGCAGAUCAUACUACCAGUUAUUAUAAUAUCUGUGUGGAUCACUACAUCUGUCAUUCUAUCCACUCAUUUUAAUGAAUCAAUGUUGUGUCAGUCUGAUUUGAAUAGAGACAGAAAUUUAUGUACUUUAGUGGAUACAAUGAUAGUUAUAGCUUUUAUUACUAUAGCCUUUUGGUUCAUAUUACUGCUGGUGUCACUCAUUUAUUUGUUUCAACAUCCAUUGCCUAAUACAAUGGAUGGUCCAUUAAAUCUAAAACAAUACGAAGAUAACAAUGAAAUUAGCCAUGAGAGUUUGGUGACCAAAGCCCUGCAUCGACCAACUGUUCCUAGAUUAUCUCCAAUAACUACUGAAACGAAAAUUACAACUGAUGAGGAGAAAACAAGAGAAAAGGAAAAGAUAAACUACGCUAUUGAGACUAACGCUACCAUGACAACAACAACAACCAGCACUACUAUUACUAAAGAGUGGUGCUUAGGAAUUGACUUUGCACCUGUCAAUCUAAACUUGUCGCUUCCUACACCGAGUGAAUUACUAAGAAGGGAUAAACCUGUUUACGUAAAAUACUGAAUAAAAUAAUAGCCAAUAAAUGUAACUAUUUUAUGAGGUCACAAG